CAUUGGCUGGGAAAGACACAUGCAUGAAAAGCACACAGCAGCCAGCAACAGAUAGCUCAGUGAAGUGAUCGGGUGUAGAUCAGCGCACGAUUAGCUUCCAACAAAGGGACGGCUUUAUUUUGGCUCUGGAAGGUAGGAAGUUAACGAGCAAAAAUGUCUUUGCUUGACCUGGAAGAGACUGCAACCCACACGGGUCCAAAGGGAGUCAUCAACGACUGGAGGAGGUUUAAGUUGGAAAGUAUGGACCAGGAAAACCUACCUCCAGCAAAAAGGGAACUGCUGAGACAGAUGUCCUCCCCACAAAAGCCCAAAGACGACUCCAAAGCCAACCUGAACCGCAAGAUGAGUGUCCAAGAGUAUGAGCUGCUGAAGGAGGAGGAUGAAGGGUGUCUUAAGCAGUACAGAAGGCGCUGCAUGCAGGAGAUGCACGACAAACUCAGCAUCGGGCCCAAGUUUGGAGGCGUGCACGACCUGGACAGCGGAGAGACCUUCCUGGAGAUCAUCGAGAAGGAACAUCACAGCACGGUGGUGAUCGUCCUCAUUUACAAGAACGGGGUCAAAGGUUGCGAGCAGCUCAACACCUGCCUGGACUGCCUGGCCACUGAGUACCCCAGCGUUAAGUUCUGCAGGAUCGACGCCGUCACGUCCGGGGCGGCUGAACGAUUCUCAGAUGAAGUUUUGCCAACGCUGCUGGUUUACAAAGCUGGAGAACUAAUCGGAAACUUCCUGGCCUGCACGCAAAAUUUAACUGAGGAAUUCUUUGCCACUGAUGUGGAGGCCUUCCUCAACAGUUACGGUCUGCUGCCGGAGAAAGAGCUGCCGGGGGUGGAGGACGAAGAAGAAAACGAUGUAGAGUAAACUGUCGUCGGUAGAGAUCUACAAAGACAAUUCUUCUGAGCUAUGACAAAUAGAAAACAUGAACACCUUCAGUAGCUCAUAGUGUUUCAGGACUGUUUUCCAUCCAGCUGGUAAAGAAACCUCAGUGUUGCAGAUAUCGGUGCUUGUAAAUAUGGGAUAGGUUACAGUAAAGUGAGGAUGUAUGUUUUUAUUUAUGACCAGAAUAACACAAAAGUUCUACCCACUAUUCACACAAAAGCCAAACAAAUUCAACAUAUCCUGUUAAAUGUUUUACCUUGUAAUUUUAGAACACAAAUGACAUGAUAUAUGUACUUGUAAAAAACUGUAAAAUGUAAAAAUCAUGCACACGGUUGAUUCAUAAACCCAGGGUCCGUACUGAGUUACAUCCUGCGUGUGAUGCAACAUUAAAACAUGUAUAUACUUGA